AUGGCACUCUUGCGCUAUCGCUGGACAUUUAUAGACGCGGAGAACGUGGAGGACGCGGCUUGUGGGAGGAGUAGCAGCUGCCCUGCAGCCUUCAGAUCCCAGGAGUUCCUGCGCGCGGCGCGGCAGCUGAGACGGGAGGAGACGCAGCUGGCGGCGCAGGUGGCGCAGCUCUUGGCGCCCAAGAACGAUUCCUGGACUCCUGCAAACUUCGUGCCGAACGUGGGCAGCCUGGGCCAUCCGAAUCUUUGCCAGAGGCGGUGCUGUUUGAUGCGCGACGGCGUGUGCCCGAAAGGGGCCGCCUGCGAAUACUGCCAUCUGCCCCACUGCCGGUCCUCUUUGGAUAAGCGCCAGCGCUGCCUGCUCAGCUCUGCCAGCGAGACCCAGCUGCUGCGCACGCUGCAGCCCCAUUUCGCCCGGCACGGGAUGGAGAACCCAGCGGCACUGCCCCUGCAGGAGCUGCUUGCCCGCGAGCUGGCAGUCCGCCCGCAGGAGGAGCAAAGCCUGCGGUGCCCGAACUUGGAGCGGACCCUCACACGGCUGUCCUUAGCGGCGCUGGCUGGCCUUGUGUGUGCCCACACCUCAGGGCGGCUGCCCGGGCUGAUGCGUGAAGCCUUGGCGGAGCUCCGGGAGUUGAUGGACGCUUUCCCUGGGCCAAAGAAGGCGGAUGAGCCCGACCGCGUGACUUUCAUCUGCCAUAGCCUGGGAUGUAACACCAAGUACCACAAAGAAGAGGUUUAG